AUGGCCUUUUGGACUGUGAUUUUCGUAUUUGCGACCACGUUUUGGACAAGGGAGGUAACUUCAUACACGACAUGUACAAACGAGACACAAAACUUCCAUGGCUACACAUACGUGAUCGACAGAGUGACAUCAGAAAAAAUGUGGUCCCACUGUAAGUUCCCGAAUCCCAGAUUUGACGCCUUGCUCUGUGGAAUAGAUGGGUCAACUUCCCAACACUACGUGUGUGAUCCCGACAGACUUAUUACGUCACAAGUUCUAGCCGUUGAUAAAGCACUGAAGACUAUACAAGAACAGACAUCUACACAGUGUACAGCUCCCAAUGGGGAAGUCCAGAGCUUCAUCGUUGCUAUGGCGCUCAUCAAUCGAAUGCGCAUCCCAGAUUUCAGCGAUGUGAAUAUUUGUAUCAACGACUGUGGUCAAAUUCAACCUGCAGUCAAUUCCUUAUCAGCGGAAAUAAACACAGCACAAAAGGACACCCUAAUGGAAAACUUCGCCAGUUUUCUCAGGGCAGAGUGGGGUAUGGGGGCGUGCGGAAAUGACGUCAUUAUCCUCUACUGUCAGGAAUUCGAUCUUUUGUACGUUUCCGCAGGGUAUGGAGCCAGCAAUUUUAUCAACUCCGCUGUGAUCUCAGAUAUUUCAUCUACAUUCGCAUCUUAUAAAGCCGGGGGUAAUAUCGCUGACGCUCUACUUGUCAUCUCGGAAAAACUCCGCGUCACACUGCGGAGCGUUACACCAGCUUACAUCCUUCUAAUCCUCAACAUGAUCGGACUUGUAGUGUUAGCAAUUGUUCUCUUCAUUUUCCUGUAUCUACGUGACCUUGAGUAUAACGUUUGGGGUCGCAAUGGCGUAUGGCGCGUGCUAGGAGAAGUGGUUUAUUGGCUGUCCGGAGCGUGGAUCAUUCACGGUAUUCUGUACGUCGUAGUCUUUUCGUCAGUUAAGGCGCCAUAUGCCGGAAUUCUUGCUGCCCUCAUUGCUGGGGCUAUAAUGGUAGCCAUAUUUGUGUACGAAGACACGCUUUCCCAUGACGCAUUGGUGGCCUUGUCAUCAAAUGCGACAAUAUAG